CGCUGUAGAACCAAAUAACAUCUCUGUACUACAACAUGCUAUCCUCACACGGGAUCUCAUCAUGACGUUGUAAUCACACAAACCCUUUGCAGAUGUCUUACAAACUGUUAACAGCAGAGAAUGUAUAUGUUGUCUACUGCUAAUCGUAUACGGGGUUUUAAUUAAACUUGCUAUAACAUAUAAUAGCUUGACAGUGUGACGGGCAGGCGACACACGCCGAGGACCGCCAAUCGAUCUACCGGGCCGUUCAACGCGUGGACUUCAAGCAUAUUGAGAUAUUGCAGGACAUUCGUGUGUAUUCUAAGAGUCUGUGUUUCUUGUCAUUGCAGGUUCGACAGCGUCUCUGCUUAUAAGGACAUUUCCAUGUUUCACGAGACCCUUGGACGUCAAAAUCAAGGAUAAACAAACCGACAUAAUGUGCUUAACGCUAUAUCAGUUACUUGGAAAAGUAUUGUGGAUUUUGCCAAUAUUCACGUUUUCAUGGAUAUUUUCAACAGUUCUUCUAACGUAUGGACUGGCUGUAGCACAGAACCACACCUAUGCUGUGUUCCCUUAUAUCAGUAAGACGGGAACACAAGUGCCCGAGAGGGGGAUUUUCACAUUGUUUAUAUCCAUUGGUGCCUUAUCCAUGGCAAUGAAUGCGGAGAUGCGGUUUAAAUAUGUUGAACUGAUGUACGAAAGAAUGUCCUUGACACCCCGAGAAAAGACACGACUGUCUACAAUGAAUAAGUCAGCUUUGUAUCUUAGUCUUGCAGCUGCCUUCGGACUCCUUAUAGUUGCCAGCUUCCAGGUAGAUACGAUGCCAAUUCCUCACUACUCGGGGGCGUUUCUCACCUUCCUGCUUGGCGGAAUAUGUUGCUGGUUACAUGCAAUUAUUACAUGGAAAAUGUACAAAGAAGAAAGGGACAAGGCGUUUUUUCUGACAUUCAUAUUUCAAAUCAUAGUCAGUCUGUUUGUCUCCGUAUUCUUUGUUAUGUUCAGCGUUUCCCUUGGCCACUAUCGACAUCAGCGGGACGCCGGGUAUGGAACAAAAGAGUUUGACCAUCCUGAGGGUGCUCUUCGUCCCAUCUUUUUAACGGCCGCAUUUUCAGAAUGGUUCCUUGCGUUGACGGUGGUGGCGUAUAUUCUGACUUUCGUUCCUGGGUUCAGAACAAUAGACUACGAUGGCGGUACCGUCAAAUGGAAAGCUCCAGUUAGCAGCAGCGUGAGUACUUGCACAAAAAUGAUGCGGUGCUGUUCGUGAGACGAUUGGAUAAUCUCCCUUGGCAUAGGCUCGACAAGUGUGUGUGAAAUGUAUGUGUUAUCUUUGAGAGUUUGUAUAUACUGAUAUAUAUUGAUUACGCAAGCAAUCAUUGGAUCCUUGUUAUUACUGUGUAUAUUCGCGUCAAUUCAAUAAUCUAAUUCAAGCAUUUCAAUUGGCUUAGAAAUUAUGUUAUCAGCUAAUAGAGUAAAAAGAUGACGUCGCCAUUGUAAUGUCUCUUUUGAUUGGCUAAUACAAUGGCGUAAUAAUUUCUUAGAAUCUUUAUUGAUAGUAUACCAAUAAAAAAGAUAUUUUUUAGCGUAUAACAAAGCAUACGGAUUAACUUGAAUAUAUUUCUAUGCUAUGGUGCUACAAUUUUUGUUUGAUGGCUCCAUGACAUAAAAACAUAUUCAUGUCAAACUCUAAGAUAUGAGACGCAGUACAGAAUAUAACAAAAUAUAAAUAUUGAAAACAUUCUAGUUCCUCACCUUACUCCAAAUACUCAACCAUGCUUCGUGUAAAAAAUGAUAACAUAUGUUUUUUGUAUUAUUUGACUGUGUUUUAACCUACUGUUGUAGCUAUUGGUUUUAUUGUUAAUCUAUGUCAAAUUAAAUGCACACUAUGAGUCUGUGUCCAACCUUGUGUAAUAAAGUUGUAACCACCGAUCUUAACGAGUCAAAUAAGACGAAAUAUUACCUUAUAAAAUAAUUAUACUAAAGCUUGGACCAUGAUAUAUAAUAUAUACAAUAUACAUCACAGAAUCCAUCAUCAUUUCUUAACUAUAGAUAUUCCAUUACUUCUGUUAUUAUUUCGUAUGGAAAGUUUAAAGCUAGGAUCGAUGACGUGAUCUAAGCCUUGUUAAUAUAUUAUCCUGUACUUUGUUUAUGUAAUACGGAUGAUAUGUUAUGUAUAUAUGUUUUAUGUAAGACAUGUUAUAUAUCAUAUAACUGUUUAUGCUAGACGAGUUAUACAUUAUACAUCUGUAUCACGAGUUCUAUAUAAUAUAUCUGUUUACGUAAGACAUAUUAUGCAUCAUAUAUCAGUGUCAUAUAAUACGGUUUAUAUACAAAAUAAAUAUUUUUUGUAAAACUUGUUAUAUAACAAAUAUUUGUUAUUUAUAGGACGUGUUAUAUACUAUAUAAAUGGUUUUUUAUUUGAUACGGAUUACAUACUAUAUAACUGUUUAUGUAAGACGUGUUAUAUACUUUAUAACUGUUUUAUGUAAGAAGGGUUAUAUACUAUAUAACUGUUUCAUUUAAAACGGGUAACAUACUAUAUAACUAUUUAAUGUAAGACGUGCUAUAUACUAUAUAACUGUUUUAUGUAAGACGGGUUAUAUAAUAUAUAACCGAGUUAUGUAAGACGUGUUACAUAUUAUAUACAUUGUAACUGCUUUAUGU